AUGUUCUCGCCGCGAUUUCUAAUGCUCUGUACCUUGGUGGCUGCCACCGCCGCGUUUCCAGCAAACAAUAAUCCUAUCAUCCCCAAGCCUAUUACGACGAUAACGGAAACAGAUUUCGACGAGCCCUCUCCUUGGUUCAGAUUUCCAGUCUUUGGUAACAUAUUUGCGCCGCUCACGAAGUUGUUCUCUACCUUUGCUGAUGUAGGACCUAGAAUUGAAGUUGACGACGAUAGUUUUCGAGUAGUCGUUAAUGUCAAGGACUACAAAAAGGAAGACUUGAAAGUAAAAGUAAAAGGUGGGUUCAUCUUUAUCGAAGGAUCUCAUGAAGCCAAACACGACGAUCAUGACUUGUUCGCCAGCCAAUUCUUCCACACAUAUACACUACCUUAUAACGCAAGUGCCGAAGAAGUUAAGGCUGUACUAACCAGCGAUCAAUUUUUGGAAGUAAGUGUUCCUUUGAACGGCGGUGCUGGCAAAGAUGACAAGGAAGUAGAUAGAGUAGUACCAAUCGUCGAAAGUGGAGAACCAUUGGAAAAAGUAGACAAGCCUCAAAACGAUGAUGUCGAACUUGUAAGUAAAGCCGGCGAAGAACCAAAAUCAACGACGGAGGUAGCAACCACCCUGGCUGAAGUAGAAGAUGAGCGAAAGGAACCGACAACACCAGCUGAGGUCGAAGCUACAACGACAGAGGACAACAAAAUCCCCAGCGAUGAACUAAAUGAGGUCAGCGACGCUAACGAAAUCAAACCUUAA